AUGGCCCGUCCGAGGCCUCCGAAGCCAGCAUACAAACGCAGCAUGGUCACAGACACCGUACCAGUCGAUCUGUACUUCUACCUGCCUCCCAAAUACUACUACACUCUCCGGUCCGAUCCGCAUCACCGCUUCCCAUGCGUGGUCAACUUCCAUGGCGGAGGUUUCUCGCUGGGCGAUCCAAGAGAUGACCGAUACUGGGCCAGAGUGGUACUUGAGCAGACGGAUGCAGUCUUUGUGAGCGUUGGCUACCGCCGAGCACCAGAACAUCCGUUUCCGACAGCAGUCGACGACUCAGCAGACGCACUGCUAUACCUCUCCGACCAUGCCGAAGAUCUACACAUUGAUCCCACCAAGUUAGCAUUGACAGGCUUCAGCGCUGGCGCGAAUCUCGUCUUCUCCGUCCCUCUACGCCUGGCGUACCAUCGCAGAAUAAAAGCCACAGUAUCACAAGUACCGUUCAUACCAAGCUUUGCACCCAACUACAAUCUCGAGCAACUUGGCGUACAGCAGAUCGACAGCGGCACCAGCAAUCGAAAUCUAUCCGUGAACCACUUCAACAACGACAGCAAUAACCACCUCUCAGCGUUCGACUCGCAUGACCAGCACCCGCCAUUCCACUCUCCAUUUGACACGCCUUCGCCUUCCGUCUCCCGCGUUACCACACGGCACGACGACGGAGACUCCUCACCCACCGACCACGACGACUACCAAUACGACGAUCACAAUCCCCCCGACGAGCACAACCGCCACCACACCCACCAGAGCCACUCCGAGGACGACGAGCAUGUCCCACCAGACACACCUCUCCACCCACCGCCCACCAUAAGCUAUGACUUCGCCGAAACACCAAGCCUGAAGCGCCCACACCACCCCGGCCGCUCCACCACCUCCCUCAUGCUCAUGCGCACCAACACCGGCCACCCCCUACGCAUCACCUCCAUCAUCGCCUGGUACCCUCUCCUCGACUGGACCGUCUCACGCGCCAGCAAAAAGCGCAACUCCCUCAACCCGCCCAAAUGCCUCCCCAAAACCUUCACCGACCUCUUCGACCACGCCUACCUGCCCCCUCCCGACCCCGCUGGCGCCCAUGCCUCUCCCUACGCCAGCCCAGGCCUCGCCCCAGACCACAUGCUCACCGAAGCUCUCCCGCCGGACAUCCAGCUCUGGCUGUGCGAAUGGGACAUGCUGCUCAAAGAAGGCCAGACUUUCUCGCAACGGCUCAAGUCAUUGGGUAAGAACGUCGACAGCAAAUUAGUCCCACGGGUACCGCACGGGUUUGACAAGUCUCCGAACCCAUUCCGAGAUCAGGCGGCGAUUGAUGCGUUGUACGAGAAGGCGGCGAAGGGUCUGGCGCAGGUUUUCAGCAAUGAGUACGGCGGGCUGCACAGUAGCGCGAGUAGCAUACAGGAGAGUCUGGUGGAUCGCGCGCCGAGGAGGAGUGUGGUGCCUGCGUUUGGAUAG